AUGAAAGCAGUGAUCGGUUUGCUAAUUUUAGCUUCAGCUAUAAUUCUUGUUUCUGCUCAGAUAGAAGGAAGAACUUUUGGAUUAUUUAAGAAAAAACCAGCAACAACGAAAAAACCAGCAUCACAAAUAAUAUGGAAAACACCAAGUCAAGUGCGGCCUUACAUUCAAAAAUAUUACCCGAAUCCUAAAUACCCAAGUGCAGCUAUUCAACCGUAUUAUCAACCAUCGAAAGGAUGUAUAUGUUUACCGGGACUUCCUGGACCACCUGGUGCUAUGGGUGUGCCGGGGACAACAGGAAGACCAGGAGUGAAAGGAGGAAGAGGAGAUGACGGUUUUAUAGGUUAUAAGGGAAAAAAUGGCGAAAGAGGUUUAAAAGGAGAUCGUGGUGCUAGAGGACUUGCAGGAAGUAAAGGAAUCCAAGGUGAAGAUGGAGAAAAAGGUCAAAAAGGAAUAAGAGGAUCGGAAGGACAAGCAGGAAGGAAAGGAAUGAAAGGCAGAAGAGGACAGGUAGGGUCAAGAGGAAUGAUUGGUCAAACAGGGGCUAUUGGACCAUCCGAGCCCACAACAACAACUACUACAACAGAGCCCACAACAAUGACAACAACCACAACCAAAGAGCCCACAACAACAACUACUACAACAGAGCCCACAACAACAACUACUACAACAGAGCCCACGACAACAACUACUACAACAGAGCCCACAACAACGACAACCACUACAGAACCAAUAACUACUACAACAACCACAGAGCCCACAACAACAACUACAACUACAGAACCAACAACUACUACUACAACCACAGAGCCUACAACAACAACUACUACAACAGAGCCCACAACAACAACUACUACAACAGAGCCCACAACAACUUCAACAACUACAACCACAGAGCCCACAACAACAACUACUACAACAGAGACCACAACAACGACAACAACUACAACCACAGAGCCCACAACAACAACUACUACAACAGAGCCCACAACAACUACUACAACAGAGCCCACGACAACAACUACUACAACAGAGCCCACAACAACGACAACAAAGCCCACAACAACAACUACUACAACAGAGCCCACAACAACGACAACCACUACAGAACCAACAACUACUACCACAACCACAGAGCCCACAACAACAACUACUACAACAGAGCCCACGACAACAACUACAACUACAGAACCAACAACUACUACUACAACCACAGUGCCCACAACAACAACUACUACAACAGAGCCCACAACAACAACUACAACUACAGAACCAACAACUACUACUACAACCACAGAGCCCACAACAACAACUACUACAACAGAGCCCACAACAACGACAACAACCACAACCACAGAGCCCACAACAACAACUACUACAACAGAGCCCACAACAACAACUACAACUACAGAACCAACAACUACUACAACAACCACAGAGCCCACAACCACAACUACAACUACAGAACCAACAACUACUACUACAACCACAGAGCCAACAACAACAACUACUACAACAGAACCCACAACAACGACAACAACUACAGAACCAACAACUACUACUACAACCACAGAGCCCACAACAACAACUACUACAACAGAACCCACAACAACGACAACAACUACAACCACAGAGCCCACAACAACAACUACUACAACAGAGCCCACGACAACAACUACAACUACAGAACCAACAACUACUACUACAACCACACCCACAACAACAACUACAACUACA